AUGGAUCCUCCGCACAAAUCUCCUCCACCAAUGCAGCCAUCAGCCAACUCUCCUGCACUGCCGUUGCAACCACCGCAACAAGCCCCUCAGCCGCAGCCGCAAGAAUCAGAACCCAAGUCAUUUGAUGAAAUAGAAGAUUCUCAAGCACAGUCAUGGUUUCAAGAUAUAUUUCCUGGUAAAGAUUUUCCACCAUGUCUUCAACCGCAGCAAGAAAAUUAUCAAGAUUCUUCCAAACUUCCACAACUCGAAGAAGGUCGUAAGGGAAAACCUCGACCAUGGCAUGAGUCACCAGAACGAUUAAUAUUUCUUCAAUUAUAUCCUAAUUUUGCUUAUGUUCUGGCGCCACUGGAUUCACCACCACAUUCACCGUCGAAGCAAGAAAACAUUAUUUCACCACCAUGUCAACAACCACCACCGCAGCUGGAAAAUGUUCUUGCACCACCAUCUCUUCCUCAUCAUUCUACAUCAGAACCUUCACCCGUCUCAUCAGGCUCUCCACCGGAUUUAUUAGAAUCAACCGCAACAAAUAAUCCUUCUAUUCCUCCGUCACCAUAA